CGCCCCGCCCUGCGGGGAGCCGGAGGUGCCUCAGCCGCGCCCGCACCGCUUCGGCACCGCUGCUCUUGCCGCCAGCCCCGAGGAGGCGCCGCUGCCGCCCCCUUCCCCGCGCCCACACAUGGCCACAGAUGUCUUCAACUCCAAAAGUCUGGCCAUACAGGCCCAGAAGAAGAUCCUUGGAAAAAUGGUAUCCAAAUCCAUAGCAACUACUUUGAUUGAUGACACAAGCAGUGAUGUCUUAGAUGAGCUCUACAGAGUGACAAAGGAAUAUACACAAAAUAAAAAGGAAGCAGAGAAAAUCAUCAAAAACCUCAUUAAAAUAGUCCUUAAAUUGGCAAUUCUCUACAGGAACAACCAAUUUAAUCAGGAUGAAAUAGCACUGAUGGAGAAAUUCAAGAAGAAAGUUCAUCAGCUGGCUAAGACCGUGGUCAGUUUCCAUCAGGUGGAUUAUACCUUUGACAGGAAUUUUUUGUCCAAACUGCUAAAUGACUGUAGAGAGCUGCUUCAUGAAAUCAUUCAGCGCCACCUAACUGCCAAGUCACAUGGACGUGUCAACAAUGUGUUUGAUCACUUCUCUGAUUGUGAAUUUUUGGCUGCCUUGUACAAUCCCUUUGGACCUUAUAAACCCCAUUUGCAGAAACUUUGUGAUGGUGUCAACAAAAUGCUAGAUGAGGGGAACAUAUAAGUACUUGUAUUAAAGUUGACUGCCUAUGCAUUAUUUUUAGAUGGAACACUGUUGAUUUAUGAAGGAAUAAGGGAGCAUGCAAAAAGGGUUUUUUACAUUAUGAGAGAGAUUUCUAAAAUACCUUUAUGAAACUGAUUCCUUAUUAUGAGCUAUGUGUUGCUAUUCACAGUCCCAUCUGGAAGAAAGACUGCACGUGACCGUGUUUUACUGUACUUUGCCUAUGGAAACAGCUGGAUAAAGACAAUAAAACAGAAUGGUUCCAAGUACAGUAAGAGUCCUGCAAGAUAGAUAUGCAAAACGAAACAAUGUGCUGUGAGACAAUCCACAUCUUUCACAGACUUACAGAAUUAUUCCUAAACUAUCAGAGUCCAGUUAUAUUGGUAACAGACUGUCACGGUGAUGGUACACCCUAUAAUUUCUUUGACUUAUUUGUAAACUACAUAUAUUUGAUUCAUUUAUAGUCUUUGAUGCUCUCUGCACAGAUCACGGCUUCCUAAUGUUGCCCUUAUGAAGCAUUCAGUUUUAAAUAAUAUCAGUGAUGCUGUCAUGUAGAGUCUUAACAGGUGAAAACUUUCUGUCUGCAAGGCUACCAAGUAUAGUACCUUAUAGACCUGCACAGAUGCUUGCUUCUUUUGAUUAUAUGGGGAUUAUUUGAGGAAUAAGCUACAGUAAGAUAGCCUGACUGGGGAAGCACAUUCCCUUGAAACCACUUUUGGUACAUAAUUUUAAGUCUAUGCCUAUGAUAAGGUGAAAUGCAAGGACUAUCUGUGCAAUUCCUUAAGAUAUUUAGAAUCCAGCUUAAUAGGUCACACUUCUUUUUGAAAAGGUGUGAGUCAGGAAAUUUUAUCACACUAGGCUGAUGUGUAUGAUGAUGUGAAUUCAGAAAGUUUGGUCAUCUGAAAGUAAAUUUAAAGCCUAUUGUGUAUGAUGAGACUAGCAAAAGCAUUUAAUCUUACUGUGUUACAUACUAUUUAACUAAUGGGGAAAAUGGAAUCUUGAAUAAAUGUUUUAAAUUUCCUCUUCUCUCCCCUCCUACCUUUCAUCUCUCUUCUUCCUGCCUUGCUCUUGGGGAUAAAAAAAAAUGUGACUUUAUAGACACUGUAAUGUACUACUUAAAAGCGUGAAGUUAAUACAUUUCAAACACCUGAAGACUUUUUGUUAGGAAGCAUAUAAAGAAUUUGCUGUUUAUUUAAUUGCCAGUGGUUUUGCUGUUUGCUGUGUCUUUUUGUUUUAAUGAGUAAACCAAAGAUUAUGUGCACUUUGAACUUCUC